UUGGAUUCAUGCGUACAGAUAAAAGUCUUGAAAUUUAAUGAGAAUAAACAAAUCUAGGAACUUCCAAAGUUGGGUUUGGUUGGAUUCAUGCAUACAGAUAAAAGUCUUGAAAUUUAAUGAGAAUAAACAAAUCUAGGAACUUCCAAAGUUGGGUUUGGUUGGAUUUUUUAAAUUGUUGUUCAGCCCGUUUUCAGUCAUCUUAUUUUAUUGAUAACUUUAAAGUAUAAAACUGUCUGAACUUUGUGCAGAUUAAGAGAAUAAGGAACUAGUCGAUUGUUUCUGCAAAGGAAGUUUGCUGAAAUCUAGUUGGAGAAUUUUCAGUUUUCUGGGAAAGCAAGAGAGAAAAAUUUGGAUUGCUUUGUUCUGGGUUCUAAGGCAAAGAAGAAAAAGAGCUUGAACAGCAAAAAUGGUGACCAGAAUGGUGGAUCUUCGAUCUGAUACAGUCACAAAACCAACUGAAGCAAUGAGGGCUGCUAUGGUAACUGCUGAAGUUGAUGAUGAUGUUUUGGGUGCUGACCCGACUGCCUUUCAGUUAGAAUCAGAGGUGGCAAAGAUCAUGGGCAAGGAAGCUGGUCUAUUUGUCCCAUCAGGCACUAUGGGUAACCUCAUCAGUGUUCUUGUUCAUUGUGAUAUAAGGGGAAGUGAAGUCAUUCUUGGAGACAAUUCGCAUAUCCAUAUUUAUGAGAAUGGUGGGAUUUCAACAAUCGGAGGUGUACAUCCGAGGCCAGUGAAGAAUAAUGAAGAUGGAACAAUGGACAUCAAUUUGAUUGAAGCCGCCAUUAGAGACCCAAGAGGAGAGCUAGUGUACCCAACUACAAGGCUGAUUUGCUUGGAAAAUUCGCAUGCGAACUCUGGUGGUAGAUGCUUGUCUGUGGCAUACACAGACAGAGUUGGUGAGCUAGCCACAAAGCAUGGUCUGAAGCUUCACAUUGAUGGGGCUCGCAUUUUCAAUGCAUCUGUAGCACUUGGAGUUCCUGUUCACAGGCUUGUACAAGCUGCUGAUUCAGUCUCGGUAUGUCUAUCAAAAGGUCUGGGUGCUCCAGUUGGAUCAGUCAUUGUUGGUUCCAAAAGCUUUAUUACCAAGGCUAGAAGACUUCGGAAAACCUUAGGUGGUGGGAUGAGGCAGGUUGGUUUUAUUUGUGCUGCUGCUUUUGUUGCUUUGCAAGAGAAUGUUGGAAAGCUUGAGGGUGAUCAUAAGAAGGCAAAGGUGUUAGCAGAGGGGCUAAAUCAAAUUAAAGGUCUAAGAGUGGAUGUUGCUGCUGUGCAAACCAAUAUCAUAUAUUUUGACAUAGCGGAGGGAUCAAAACUCACAGCAGAGAAACUAUACAAGAACUUGGAGGAACAUGGUGUCCUUGUGAUGCCAGAGGGCCCAGCCAGGAUGAGAAUUGUCCUUCACCACCAAAUUUCAUCAAGUGAUGUGCAAUACACUUUGUCAUGCUUUCAGCAAGCUUUAACUGGAGUGCAAGAAGAAAAUGGAAACUAAGCGGGAAAUUGCUAUACCCUCUUACUCGAAGAUCAUUUCCUGAUGUUUCAUCGGAACCUCUUGAACUCAGGAACAUGAUCAGAGAUUAUCACAACAUCUUUGUAAUCUGCCAGAUGCCAUAAUUAUGUACAUGCAUUUGUAUUAAGGUUUAGAUUCCAUCUCUUCACCAAGGACAAUGCCAUAACAAUAAAGCAUAGUGUUCUUAUAUGUGGUGAACUUUUCUUCAAACUUUACACGAAAGAUUUGGCAAAUGAACCGAGUACAGAUGGAAGGAUUUACGGACCAUGGGGCAGGUUGGCCCCCUAUCGGGCUCUAACCAAGAAUAUUUCUUGGGCAUGGCCUUUGACAUGAAAGCCCCAUUAAACCUGACGUGCAUUGGGCCUGCCUUACAUGUGAAUAUCAUUCAUUGAUUUGCUUUACUUCAUUAAUAGAUUGUACUUUGUCUACA